AUGUCACUUCCUGGUACCACCCCACCGGACACGGCGCUGCAUUGGCAAACAACAUUGACUAGGCCUAGCGUGGAGUUUGAUGUCGAGGAUGAAAGUUCACGCGAGGAAGUGGAUCAGGAUGUGGCUCCAACCGAGGCGGACAUAAUGACCGUCACAGCAGAACUCGUGUUCAACGAGAUGCCAAGUCAUCUCAUAUACAUUUCUGACGACUAUGAAACUACCCUUAUCGAUCGUGAGACUCUGGUGGAUCUGUUCCGUCCGGAACUGAUCAGCGUCUGCAAGGACCUUGUCUCCAAAGACGAACUUCCUGACGUGGUCAGACAGAAAUUGAGAUAUGCAGCCCUUUCUCACAGAUGGCUCAGUGUCGGGGAACCAACAUUUCAGGAGAUGUCCGUCGAAAGGAACCAUCAGUCUACAAGGCCUGGGUUGAUCAAGCUCCGCAACUUUUGCCAAAAAGCAAGGGAAUACGGCUGUCGCCUCGCUUGGUCCGACACUUGCUGUAUCGACAAGAAAAGCAGUGCGGAACUAGAUGAGGCCAUCAGAGCCAUGUUCAAGUGGUACCGCAAUGCGGAGAUAUGUAUAGUUUUUCUUGCAGACUCUUCUUCUAUCUCGGACUUUUCGGAGGAAGUAUGGUUCCAACGCGGUUGGACACUCCAAGAGCUUCUUGCCCCUCCACGUAUCAAGUUCUAUGGCAGGCAUUGGGACGAACUCAGCCAUUCGCGCAAUGACAAGGAAGACCAUUCCAUGCUAGAAGCUCUUGCUCGUGUGACGGGGAUAUCUCGCCAGAAUUUGCUAUAUUUCAGUCCGGGGUUGGUCUAUGUUCGCGAGAAGAUGAUUUGGGCGUCCAAGCGGAGAACGACAAGGGUGGAAGACAUCGCUUAUUCCUUGAUCGGAAUUCUGAAUAUCAGCCUGAAUGUGGCGUACGGAGAAGGAGAGCGGGCAUUUCGCCGCCUGAUGGAGGCGAUCAUCCAGGCCUGUCGCGAAUGGCAGAUACUGGCGUGGGCUGGUCCCCAUUCCCCAUUCCAAGCCAGCAUCCCCCGUUCUCCUCUGGCGUACUGUGCUUUCGCCGGAGCAUCCACCAGUAUACUUUUACCCAAUCGCUAUAUAACAGAUCGUCCCUCCAAGCUUGGUGACCCUUUUUUUACGAUGACGAAGAGAGGCCUGGAGCUGGAAGUUAUUCUGGUAGAGAUGAUGCUGCAGCAACCGGCACCACGACGGCCAGGAGGAACACAGAAGAAAACUCAAACUAUCCGCCUCAUCUCCGAUUCUGCGGACUUUUUUGACGUCACAGCCCAGUGCGACAUUACCUUCCUACCAUUUUCGCAGUGGGCGGUCGCUAUCGUGAAUUACCGAGCUGAUGAUUCUGGAAAGCGUGGUGGUGUUGGAAAACUUAAACCCGCGAAUGACUACUUGUGCUUCAUACUUGGAUCUAGUAUUCAUAGUGCGCAUGGAGGGUGGCAAAAGGUUGAAACGCAAAAAAUUGUGACAAUUCGCACCAAGAGGGAGGUGUACCAACGAGUUGCGACAGUGUGGCUUUAG